GAACAGGAUCGGACGGAGAAGAUCGGCGUGGGCCCGCUGCUAAAGCAGAGGGAGCUGCCACGUAGGCGUACCCGACCCGCGCGUGAAAGGCUCAAAAGGGACGGCAAUCCCCUCCAUGGCUCCCUCUAUAAUGCCGCCGCGCUCUUUGCUUUCCCUUUAAGCCCUUCUUCUUGUUCUUCCUGUAAGAGAAAAAAAGUCAGGACGAUAAGAUACUCAUUUGCAGAGGAAUGGAGAGAUGGCGAAAUGGGAUCGAUAGACAAGCUCCAAGGCGGUGUCGCGAUUGCCCCUCCUUCUCCUCCACUCUCCUCGACUCCAUUUACCGUUCCAUCGAUGAGACGGAUAACCGCGGAGCAACGAAGGAGCAACAAUGGCUAAGCGGAGCACCAGACCGCAUCUCUGCCAAAAAGCAGAACAUGGCUUGCUUCCCCGAGAGCAGAAGAAUCAUCCCUUCGGUGAAAACCCCGACGGUAACCUGCCCCGGCCGCAACGCCACCUCGAGCUCGUCCGAUGGCUCCAGCUACGGCGGCUUCUCUUCCUCCGACACUGAAUCGGUCUCCAAUCUUUGCCCGGCACGCCUCCGACCGAUUCGUACGAACCUCACGGUUCGAUCGGGCCGCCUCCGGCCGGAAGACGCCCCGGAUCAAUUUAUCUCCGCGACAAUCAACGACAAAAGGUCGAAGAAAGAGCGCAAUGGCUCGAUCCGAAACUGCUUGCGCGAUCUGAGGAAUGGACGAUCUCCAUCCUCCCCCGGAGCUCGCCUCGCCAAUUUCCUCGGCUCGCUCUUCGCCGCCAAAUCAAAGGUCUCUGCCGAAUUACCGUGCCCGACGGAACCUUCGUACUCACGAUCGUGUUUGAGCAAGACGCCUUCGACGGCGAAGAGGACAGUGAGGUUCUGCCCUGUGAGCGUGAUUGUCGGAGAGGAUUGCCGGCCCUGCGGCGAGAAAUGGGUGUACGGAGGCGACGCCCCGAAACCGCCAGCGGCGCCUCCGCCUCCGCCAGUGAGAAGAUCCAAGGUGCAGGAAGAGGAAGACGAGGAGGACGAUCUGUUCGAGCUGAAGAAUCUAGCUGUUAUAGGACGGUUUCGCGACGAGCUGCCGGUGUACGAAACGACGCUUCUCGGGAAAUACAGCGGCGUUUCGCGUGGCUUAAUUCUGUGACAAAAAUGCCCACCAACAAAUGCGAAAUUUACGGUAUAAGGAUUGGUAAAAGGUGGUAUAGAUUAUGGUUUAGAUUGGGGGUGUGAUAUUAACUUGGUUUUAUUAGAUGCUUAGCCAGUAGUUUUGUGGAAUUAAUGGUGUAAUUAGGUGUUUAAUCUCCUAUCCUUUUGAAAUAGUAGAUCUCUUAUUUUGAUCUAAA